AUGGCCGCCUCGACGUCUCAACCCGAUUUCGUAUUGCUGGGAGCAACUGGGCUGAAGGACCGGCUGGGACUCGAGGCCCUCUUGGAUGAGCAGAAGCCCAAGCUCGGCGUCAUUUGUGCCGCAGGGGAGCGGGGGCGCCCCAACAUUGCUUGGUGCGAUGCCCAUCCUGUCGAGACUUUGGAUGCGAACAUCACUGGACAAUUAUCCGUGGCAGCUGCAUGUCACGAGCGCGGUUUACACCUCAUUCUUUUGGGAACAGGAGCCCUCUACCUGGCCAGCGAAAAAAAGCGGAAGUUCUCGGAAGCAGAUCCUCCCAAUGGUGGCUCACCGGGGGUGUACACAGCACUCAGACAGAAGAUGGAGGAGCUGACCGCCUACUUCAACAAUGUGUUGGUGCUGAGGGUGCUCUAUCCCCUGAGUUCAGAUUUGGAUCCACGUGGCCUGCUUGGCAAGCUGGCGCGCUUCAAGCAGGUCGAUAGCGUGCAGACAUCGGUCACGAUACUGGAUGACCUCAUGCCGCUGCUUCCGAUACUCGCAGAACGGCGAACAGUUGGAGUCUUGAACUUUACCAAUCCUGGCACAAUUUCCUACCCGGACAUUGUCAGCGCCGGAGCAAAGGCAGCUGCAGAGCUCGACGUCACGCGGCUGCAGGAGGCCGUGGGCAUGCCCAUUGCAACAGCUGCUGAUUCCUCGCAGCGCAUCAUCUCCUCGCUUAGUGACGAGGAGCUGUGGGCUCAAGCCGAAGCUAUGGCAAAGGUGGCACAAGAACCGCCAGCAUGCGGCCCGACCAACGGGACCGAGCAUUGUGUCGAUGUGGAGUCUGUGGUAGAUCCAGGCUCACCAACUCGGCCGUGUGAGAUUCACUCAAACCGUGAACCUCCCAGCAUGGCAUCCCCAGUCGGCCUGUUUGGCAGAUUUGGCGCGGGCAUGAAAGGCAAGACAAAGUCAAAAAGCCGACUGCUUCUACGAACCUCGACGCGAGAAGUCCUCAGCUACAGGACUCUGACACUUGCUGAAUCUGCGUACGAGAACGCAUUUCUGAUGCGCUUGAUUACAAAGAGCACACUGGGCAAGGCGCACCUUCUGCUACUGGUGAAUUUUUUCUUGCAGUAUUCAGUUGUGUACUUGCUGUCUGAAAGAACCACAGGGAAUCAAAGCCUGAUCAAGACCAAGUUGUUUGGGCAAUCUAAUGCGAUAGAUGCAACGGGCAUAUGCUGGCAGCGUGAUGGCGAAACUCGAAUAUCCUGCACACCGGAUGAGGUGGCUCUAAGCGUAGACUUCGCUGUCCUGGACCGUGAUGGGGAUGGCAGGUGGACGUUUGCGGAGGCAGAGGCCCUCAGCAGCAGUCAUCAUGCGACAACUGGACGCUAUGUGAACAUGACAGAGUUCUACAAGAACAUUUUCCGCACGAUGCAGCAAUACGCUGGACCUAGGCAUACAGAAUGCACUCUGAAUGACAACAUACAGGCCUUCGACGCGGAUCGUGGAUUCUGGUCUGAUGCCUCCAUCGGAAAUAUUACGAGCGAUGGACAUGUGGUUGUGAACUACGUGGAUGCUGUGAAGCAGGCUUCGUGGACAAGAUACAUGCCAAACAGCCGUCUGCGGAAGCAGCUGAACGGAUCAAUCUACAGCUGCAAUGUGCCGAAGUGCGUAGACAUGGAUAAUGGUGCCACUGACUCGAGUGAGCUGGCAUGCGCAGGCUACAACGGCUUCGAUGCCUGCGCAGGCCAGUGGGACGACGACGACUUUCAUGUCAAGCAGCUGUGCUGCACAUGCGGCGGGGGUUCUUACAGCCUAACGCUCACUGGUUUGGGUCACCUUCCCGUAAACCUCCCACUAGACGACUUCACCAACGUCCGGGACUUCAGGCUUUGCAUGCAGAGUGCUGUGCAGGAAGUGCAACAGGAAGACUGCAUCAUCAAGUACACUUCCAUACCUCGCCACGUUUAUGAUGCAGAAAUUGCCACGUUUGCCCAUUUCUGCUUGAUUCCUGAGAGUGACCUUUGUGGCAAUCUGCUUGACCAGCAGCUACUCCCUCGUUGGACUGCUGAGAUCUCUUCGUCCGUGCCCAUGUUCAUGAAGAUUGCAGGUCUGAGCAGCACAGCUUCUCUCGGUCAGCUGAACGUUUGCGAGAAAGCAAUUCAGACGUUCUGUCGGCGAAUCUAUACUGUGCAGGCGACCCUUUUUCUGGAGCAGCGGCUGGACGUUUGUGGCAAGAAGUCGAGCCAAAUCACUCGCAAUAAGAAGGUUGUCAGCUAUGCAGCAAGCGAAACAUAUUCAGACCCAACCUUUGGGCUCACCUCGCUUCUUUUUCAGGGAUUCCUUUUUUUGAUUGUAUUUCUUUGGGGCUUGGCAUCCGUCACGGAGUUUCGAAACAUUCUAGUAUGGUGGAAUAUCGUAAGCUCAUUGCCCAAGGAAGAUGCUGAAGACUGCUUGUUGUACCAGCUUCCAGAGAAUGUUGAGGACGAAGCGGAAGCGACGCUGGAGGUUGUCGGCCUGACGACGCAACAUCGAGUGUCCACUGUCCUGCUCAACCUCCUGCCUCGCAGCGUUCUACAAGGAUGCAUUUUUAUAGUCGGUAUUAGGUACCUGCUAUCCGUCAGGAAUGUCUCCGACCUUAUUCUGAACAGCCUGGCCUUGACCUUUCUGGUUACAGUGGAUGAGAUGCUUUUUGCCGCUUUCGCUGGGGAGCAGAAUGCUGCAUGGAUCCAGAACUGUAAGCCACUCCGUGGACGGUCGUUCUGGUGGCUCGAUUGGAUUCUACGAAAGACAGCGAUCCCUGUGGGAUUAUUGAUUUUCGUACCAAUUCUUGCCACGCUCGGCUACUUUGUUAUUGCAAACAAACUCUUGACAGACCAGCUUGCACACGCAACGUACUGCCUGUGCGACAUGAGCGGGGACGUCUGUCAUGCUCGGCAGAUCUUGGCCGCAUUACCAACAUCGUGA